AUGCCACCGCCUCCACCCCCAAGACGCCCAGCGCUGGGCGCCGCCGGAGCCUCUAAAGAAGAGAACGUCUACAUCCCCAAUUUCAUCAGCAAACGACCUUUUUACGCCGUUGACGAAGGCGAAAACACCGACUACCUAGAGCAUCAGCGUAUACAAAAGAAACAGAAAGAUACUGCAUGGUACGACCGGGGCAAGACGCUUGGGCCGGCGGCGACCAAGUACCGCAAGGGCGCGUGCGAGAAUUGCGGCGCCAUGACGCACAAAAAGCAGGACUGCCUCAGCCGGCCACGUGCCAAGGGUGCAAAGUGGACGGGUCGCGACAUCAAGGCCGACGAGCUGGUGCAGGACGUCAGGAUGGGCUGGGACGCCAAGCGAGACCGCUGGAACGGCUACGACGCGAGGGAGUACCAGGCGGUCGUGGAGGACUACAACAAGAUGGAGGAGCUGAGGAAGGAGAUGCAGGCCAAAGCUGCGGCGGAAUCGGGCAAGGCGAUCGAAGAUGGAGACCACUACGCCGAGACGUCCGACAUGAGCAAGCACCAGCCGACAUCGACGAGGCAGCUGCGACUACGAGAAGAUACAGCCAAGUAUCUGCUGAAUUUGGAUCUUGAUUCCGCAAAGUAUGACCCCAAGACGCGAACAAUCGUCGACGCAGGCGCGACGAACGACAAGACAGCGGAGCUUUAUGCCGAGCAAGGAUUCCUCAGGCAGUCAGGCGACGCGGCGGAGUUUGAAAAGGCACAAAGAUAUGCAUGGGAGGCACAAGAAAAGGGCGGCGACACAAGCCUGCAUCUGCAAGCGAACCCGACGGCAGGCUCCUACAUGCGCAAGAAACUCAAGGAGGAGGAAGAUGCAAAACGUGAAGAGCGCGAGAGGCAACUACGGGAGAAGUACGGCGGGGAGGAGACCAAGGUACUACCCGACGCCAUCAAGCAAAUGGCCGUGACCGAAUCGGAGAGGUACGUCGAGUACGACGAAAUCGGUCUGGUCAAAGGUGGACCCAAGGGUGUGGCUCGGUCAAAGUACAAGGAAGACAUCUUCCACAACAACCACACCUCAGUCUGGGGAAGUUGGUGGUCCGACUUUAAGUGGGGUUACGCGUGCUGUCAUUCUUUCGUUAAAAACAGCUACUGCACGGGAGAGGAAGGCAAGGCGGCCUGGAAGGCAGCCGAGAGGCAACGGACGGGAGUCGGACUCCUGGAGCCGGCCGCAGGAGGAGAGGACGAGGUCGCCGCAUAA